AAGAGACUCUGACCAACCUCUACCCAGGAAGAAGCUGAGAACAAGAUGAUGGCCAGACCAUACUGUGUGGUAGUGGCCCUACUGCUGCUAGCAGAGGUCUCCAGGCUUGGAGAAGGAGCUUCUAAUCCUGGGUUUGUGGUCAGGAUCACCAGAAAAGGCCUCGAAUAUGCCCGCCAAUAUGGAAUGGCUACCCUGAAGAAGGAACUGUCCACCAUCAACGUGCCUGAUUUAUCAGGAAGAUUUGAAGUCGGUUGGAUGGGAAGUGUGAGUUAUGAGUUUAAGAGCCUGAGAAUCCGUAGCUUCCAAAUCCGAAACUCCGAUCUGAGUCUACUUCCAGGGAGGGGUGUCAGAGCCUCCCUGUCCAAUAACUACGUGUCUAUCAGUGGGAACUGGAAGGUGAAAAAGGCUUUCAUCACCCUACAGGGUACUUUUGAUCUGAGUGUGGAUGGUGUUUCCAUCUCGGUUUAUCUGAACUUGGGUGAGGACGGGUCUGGACGACCCACUGCCUCUGUGGCCCACUGCAGCAACUCCGUUGGCCACGUCAGCAUUCACAUUUCUGGAAACCUAAGCUGGCUCCUGAACCUCUUCCAUAAAAGAAUUGAAAACAAGUUAAAAGAUAUCUUGAAACAAGAGAUCUGCGAAAUCAUCAGGACGUCGACAUCCUCACACCUGGAGCCCUAUCUCCGGACUCUGCCAGUCACCUUGAUGAUUGACCAGGUUGCUGGCAUUGACUACAGUUUAGUAGGAGCUCCCCAGGUGACCUCCCAAGGCCUGGACACGCCCUUCAAGGGUGAAUUCUUUGGCCGAAGCCAGCACUCCCCAGUCCCCUUUGAUGCUCCUCCCAUCAGGCUACCCCAGCAGCAUGACCGCAUGGCCUACUUUGCAGUGUCCCAAUAUGUCUUCAACACGGCCAGCCGGGUUUACCACCAGGCUGGGCACAUGAACUUCACCAUCCGAAAUGAGGACAGUCCCCUGGACUUUCCAACUCACUUGCACACCAAAUCACUGGGGGCUGUGAUUCCUCAGCUGGCCAGGUUGUACCCCAAUACAGAGCUAGAACUUGAGAUGUCACCUGAAUCAGCUCCAUUCUUGAUGUUCACCCCUGGAAAUGUUACCUGCAUGCCAGUGAUGAACAUCCAGGCAUUCGCUCUCCUGCCCAACUCUUCUAACCGCAAGCCACUCUUCCAACUCAGGGCGAGAACUGACAUCUCCGCCACCAUCAGUGUGAGCUCCAGCAGGGUCCUUGGCUCAGUGACCCCAGGAAGUAAGCUGGGACUGGAACUGAAACACUCCAACAUCGGUUUCUUCAAUGUGCAGUUGCUGGAAUCCAUCUUCAAUUACUACGCGUCCUACAUUAUAUAUCCCUCUCUCAACGCAAAGCUUGAGAAGGGCUUCCCACUCCCUCUGCCCAGGGACACCUACCUCAGCAGCUUGGAGCUCCAAAUCCACAAGAACUUCUUGUUCGUAGGGGCCAACAUAGACUAGAUUGAAGACUGAGGAGCACCUGUGGCUGGAGGGGACACACCACAGCUGGACUGGCCCUGCCUGCCCUGUGGAGCCCCAGUGGCUGUGACAUUUCGCUUCCUCUCAUGAGUGUCCCUGAGUAACACAGGCCCAGCCAGGGCAUUGGAUAGGUGUUAAAGGGCAAGGCAGAAAAGGAAGCUUGGGGGCAGAGUGGAACAAGUCAAUCAUGAAGAACGCCUGCCCCUGCAGUAGAGGCCACCAAGGUACCAAACUCAGGCAGGCUAGACAGCCUGAAUUCUGCCCCAGCCCAGCCAAUGUGGUUUCUA